AUGUCAAGUCGCGGCGCCUCGCUGCUGGUUCUGUUCGCCGUGUUGUGCAGCUGGCCCGGAGAAGCGGGGCCCAGCGUCAGCGAGGCUUCCUCUGACAGCAAGGCAUCUCUGCUCCGCUUGCGAGGAGGAAUGAAACUCUUCACCCACAACCUCCUCGCGUCGCCGGUGCCUGGUCUGACCAAGCAGCAGAGAUACCCGCUGGCUCUCGAAGUGGAGCGAGCAGAGAUCAGGCCGAGCAAGGUGGAUCAAGACACAAUCAUCUCGCUGCUGGAGAGAUUGAACUGGAAGGUGUUCUUGGAUGCCCUGCAGGCAGUCGGUGGGGAGGAAUCGAUCGGCCUUGAGCGCCAGUUUCCACAAGACAUGGCGGAAGUGAUCAGCAGCGCCUGCAACGACGGCGACGUCCACAUGUUCCGAGCGCUUCAUAGAGCUUUAUUCGAAACAGAAGUCAUGGAGGGGCAGCUCGUCUGUCCUGCAACACAGAGAAGAUUCCGAAUUCAAGAAGGGGUACCUAAUUUCCUCGCAGCAGACGUUCAGGGUACGAAGCAGGAAGCUCUGUCGCCCCGUUCUGAAGGCGAAGAGGCAUAACUCUUGGUCGUGUUGGACUCACACAUACUCGCAAUAAAAUUGUACAUCUUGUCCUGAUCGGCCCCUUCCUCGAGAUCAUUGCCCUGCCCUCCUUGCGCACAGCGACAUAGCAGCAUGGCGAGCAUUCACAACACGUCCACGUUCUGGUUCGACAACCACCUGACGUACCUCUUCCGCUCGUUGACAUUCAUGUUCUUGCCCUUCACGAUGCACUCUCUCUGCUGGAAGGGAGUGUUCUCCAAGCUCACACAGUAGGAGAGCAUGUGCCUGUCAAGGUCGCUCUCCUCCCACCGCGCCAUCGGGAUUAGCAGCGCGAACAUGGCCGCCCGCUAA